CUCGCGAGACGCAGUUUGGACGCUCAUGUUGUUAAUAUGGCCGCCGCCUGAAACUUCCAUGUGGUAUUUAUUUGAUCACAAAAAUAGUUGGUAGUAAAUCACAUUGUAUCGGUGUAGCGGCGGAAUUCAUAUAUUUAUUGAGGACCGCCCGAAGAAGCUGCCAGAAUGCAACACGACGACGUUAUAUGGGACCUUAUCGGUAAUAAGAGAUUUUGUUCCUACAAAGUAAAAACGAAAACCCAGCAGUUCUGUCGAAAUGAAUACAACAGCACAGGCCUUUGCAAUCGCAGCUCGUGUCCUCUCGCCAACAGCCAGUACGCUACUGUAAGAGAAGAGAAAGGCCUGUGUUACCUCUACAUGAAAGUUAUCGAGAGGGCAGCAUUCCCGGCUCGCAUGUGGGAGAAGGUGAAACUGGAUAGAAACUACGCGAAGGCUUUGGAACAGAUUGACGAGAACCUGAUCUACUGGCCGAGGUUCAUCCGACACAAGUGCAAACAGCGCUUGACCAAGAUCACUCAGUAUCUCAUUCGGAUCCGAAAACUCACACUCAAGCGACAGAGGAAGUUGGUUCCGCUCAGUAGAAAAGUAGAGACGCGAGAAAAGAGGAGAGAGGAAAAAGCUCUUAUUGCUGCUCAGCUGGAAAAUGCCAUAGAAAAAGAACUCCUAGACCGUCUAAAACAAGGAACGUAUGGAGAUAUAUACAACUUCCCCAUCCAUGCUUUUGAUAAAGCUAUGGAGAAACAGGAAGAGGAGACCGAAUCAGAGGAAGAGGAAGAUGAAGGGGAAGAAGAGGAGUCUGGAACGAGAGAAUAUGUUGCUGAUGAUGACUUUGAAGAGAGUGAUCUCAGUGAUUUUGAGGAUAUGAACAACCUGAAGGACAGCAGUGACGAAGAAGAGGAUGAUGAGGAGGAAUGCAGCGAGGAAGAGGAGUCUGAAGAAGAGUUAGAGGAAGAGAAGACCAAGGCCAAAUCGAAAGGAAAGGCUCCGCUCAAAGGCCCAAUCAGGAAGAAACGGGCCUAUGUAGAGAUAGAAUAUGAGCAAGAGACAGAACCAGCUCAGAAAAGCAAGGCCACAUAAAGACUGGACUGCAGAGUAACUCUCUGCGUGGAACAUUUUCAAUCCAUGAAACCUGAUCGUUGAUAUAACACCUCUAUUCAGUAUCAGUGUACGCCGGUGUGUGUGUGUAUUUGUACGCUCCUCUCCAAAUCUCUAAUGUGGGAUUGUUUGUACAUUGAGAUCUCAUCCGUACUUAUGCUGCUGCAAGCGUAAGUGUUUUAUAAAAAAAAAUGUUCCAUUGUGUAAUAAACUUUAUUUGAAAUGGCA